UGAAUUAAUAAAGUGUUAUGUAUUACCCGUGGUAUUUUGUCACAAUGAAGCAAAACCAAGAUGUUUUCUUAGGGAGCCAGACUUUGUUUGUAUAUAGAAGAGCUUGAAUCUGAUGAUUACAUUGUAUUAACCACCUGAAUGGGUCAAAUUUAAACAAUGACAUGGCUUCCUGUAGAUUUGUCGAAAGCCUUUGUCUCUUAGCUUGGUGGUUGAGAAGUAUUAUCGUUUGUUUUAUAUAAAAUUAAUUGGAGUAAAUAGAAUCAAAGAACUUUUGCCGAUACCUUGUACGUAUAAAUGGCAGGUUAUAGUCGAAUGGUUUAUUUCGAGAUUAUUCAAUACGACAGGUUAUCAUUAAUUCAAUACGGCAUCAUGUGGAGAAAUCAAACCAAGGAGUACUCGCAUUAUCUGGUUAAGUUUGACGACGGUGGCUUACUGAUUGUUCCCAGAAGUAGGAUAUUAGAAGAGGGUAGGAUUGCGGAGAAUGGGAAGUACAAGGUGCAAUAUAACAAACCCGAAGAUGUGUCUGACGCUGUUAUUAUAAAGACUGGAGACUACUUGACAUUGUCAAGGCUAAAGAGGGAGAUGGGACAAAAGAAGAAAGAUGAGCAUCAAAAGAACCCCAGUACAAUCCCGACACCAAAGCGUACCUUAACGACGAGUCGCUUACCCCAACCGAAAAGAAAGAAAAUGGCAUCAGUUAUCCGUCGAACGACGCUAGAAAGUUUCAGUUCCAAUGACCCACGUGAUCUGUCAAUUUCUAAUGUAUCCUCGAGCUCCUAUUCAACUAGCUCAACACCAGAAUCAGUCUUCCAGGCAUCAUCAAGAAUACCAGUGCCCGUACGUGUAACAGUACCCCGAGAUGUCGAAUCGCCCUCUACGUCUGAAGAACAGUCCCUCCUGCAAGCCCUGCCAGAUUUACAAGAUUGUGAAAUUACAUGUAGGCAGCUUUUUAGGACACCUAAUAGGAACAGGCAGAAAACACUCUCAGCAGUAGAAAGGUACAUGAAGACAAUGAAUAAAAAGCAGCAUGAACUACAACUAGAAGUCAAGGGACUGCGACAAGAAUUAAAGGAUAUGAAUAAUCUUGUUUUGUUGAUACUACAGAGACUCCCCCCUCAUGGCGAGGGACAAGAUCAGCAGAUACCACCAGUACCUAGUCCCCAGCCCGCCACACAGACGCUGCCAACGCCUGAAACUGACACAUCAAAAUUUGGUGAUAUCCCACCGGAAUUUCGUAUUUCUGCUGAAGAUCUGAACGCCAUGCACCUCCAUGCUUUUAAUGCCGGCCAUUUCGCAACUAAAAUAGUACAAAGACUUUUUCCGGAACUGACCGGACCCGACAACUUACGGCAGAAAUAUUCGUAUUUCGGUGGGGGUAGAUGCAAUAAGCUAGAACUCGAUACACGACGGAAAUCAUUCGUCGUAAGAUAUGUUUUACAUCAUUAUCCUCAAGUGCAAGAAAAACAUGCCUGGCAAGAGCGCGUGGUCGUAAAGAUUAACGAAUUUCUAAGACGAAAAUGAAUUUUAUGUGUGUAUAGACAAAAAAAUUUUUAAAUAGAAAAAAACAAACAUUUUAUGUGUGUGUGUAGACAAAAUAUUUUUUAAAAAGAAGAAAAAAAAGGUGUUUGCGAUGGAUUUGAAUACAUUGUUUACCAAGUGUCAAGACUUUAUGUGAGUAAAUACAUGUACUAACUGCAAUAAAAAAUGAAUUCACUUUUAGUGCAUGUAUGAUUAUUAAAUUUUGACUGUAAAAUAUUAUGAUUUGUAUACAUUGUGCAUAUGUAUUACAUGUACAUGUUUAACCUAAUUUCGAUUUUCAAUAAAAAUCAUGUCAAUGGAACCAAAAGAAUAUAUUGUAUGAUUAUUUAAUUUUGACUGUAAAAUAUUAUGAUUUGUAUACGUUGUACAUUUGUAUUACAUGAUUAACUUACUUUCGAUUUUCAAUAAAAAUCAUGACAAUGGAACCAAAAGAAUAAAAUGCUACCCAAAACAUCUCUUUAAUUGUCGGUUAUGGAUUUAUUAUGCAAUAUCGAUGCAGGUUCAAUCACGAAACUUGCGCUUACACCGUCUAGUAUAGCUUUUGAGCUGCUGAUAUGUAUAUGCAGUAGAAAAUCGGGAAGUUGAACGUACGAAGGAAUGGAAUCAUUCAGAAGUGUACUCAAAAUAAGUAAAUUAUAACGGGGUGAUGACGAGAAUUAACACACGUGUGGCCAUUGUAUAAAUAUAUGCCAUGUACGCGUCUGUGUGAAAUGGCUUUAUUUAAUAUCCGCUUCUACCGAAAUGAAAUGAGGGGCACCCAGUAGAUGUAUAUUGUCACAGUACCCCUUCCCACCCAUAUUGUUUUAAUGCGUCAUAAUACAUUGAUAUUAUGUACCGGUGACAGUCAAG